CUGGGGUUGGGCAGGACCUCUAAAAGCAAGGACAAAUAUUGCGUAAAUAAUAUAGUUCACUUGAUAUAUAAAGUGCAAGCCUCAGUACACAGCAUCACACUCGAUCUACUUCUUUGCAACCGCAAACAACUACACUUACAAAACAACAUGAAAUCCUUCGUGGUAGCCCUAUGCGUGGUGGCGACGGCGGCGGCGGCGGCGGCGGGGGAGGUGCGCGACAAGCGCGGCGUGCUGGGAGGCCUGCACGGGCUCGCCUACUCGCCCUCGCUCUACUCCGCGCCUAGCUACAGCUACUCGGCGCCAAGUUAUAGCCACUACGCGGCGCCUAGCUACAGCCACUACUCCUCGCCCAGUUACUACGCGGCGCCCAGUUACAGCCACUACUCGUCUCCCAGCUACUACUCGCCCAAGGUAGUGUCGGUGAACAAGGUGGUGAACGUGAACAAGGUGGUGUCGGUCCCUCAAGUGGUGAAGGUGAACAAGGUGGUGUCGGUGCCUGAGGUGGUCUCCGUCAAGAAGGUGGUGGCGGCGCCGCACUACGCCUCCUACAGCUCCCUGUGGUGAUGAGUGUCGUCUAGUCGAGUGUAAAUAAUAGUGUUGCUGUUUUCUUUUUGGAAAAUAAAUUAUUUUU